UGAAAGUUCCAGGCGCGCUCAUGGCUUUCUGAAGGAGCACAGCAGUUUGGGGACACUGGCAGAUGCGCGAAGAAAGACACCCGGCGAUUCUGGACUUAUCACUCAGUUUGCUGUAGUCUUUUAUUUUUUAAAAAAAGAAAAUUGGCCAGGUUUUCUCUUUCUUUGCGCAAAGCGAGCGUUAAAUCCGAACAGAUCAAAAUGAUGACCAAACCGUUUGGGAAAAGCGAGGAUGUGAGUGAGCUGGUGAGCUCCCUCGGCUGGCUGGAGGAGGAUGGCAGCUCACAGGAUGGAGAUGAAAGCCCAGAGAUGAGAGGGCGCAGUGGCCUGACCGUAGGGGGCCGCAUCCACUCCUGCACAGAACUGGGUAGUGAGGACAUGGAGGAAGAGGAGGAGGAAGAUGAGGAGGAGAUUGGGCCGAAUGGUGAAAACGCUCCCAAAAGGAGAGGUCCCAAGAAGAAGAAAAUGACCAAAGCUAGACAGGAGAGGUUUCGUGCCCGGCGGGUCAAAGCCAACGCCAGAGAACGCUCUCGUAUGCACGGGCUGAACGACGCCCUGGACAAUCUGCGCAGAGUGAUGCCCUGCUACUCCAAGACACAGAAGCUGUCAAAGAUUGAGACUCUACGACUGGCCCGCAAUUACAUCUGGGCUCUGUCAGAGGUGCUUGAGAGCGGCCAGUCCCCAGAGAGCCACGGGUUUGUGGAGAUGCUGUGUAAAGGCCUGUCUCAGCCCACCAGUAACCUUGUGGCUGGCUGCCUGCAGCUGGGACCUUCUCCGAUGAUUCUUAACAAGCUGGAGGACAAGUGUGGAGGCCCGGGAGUGGGUGGUGUGGUGGCUGGCCAUCCCCUCAGCUACCCAUCCCCAGGCCUCCCCAGCCCUCCUUACGGCUCCCUGGAGGCAUCCCACCUCCUUCACAUGAAGGGAUUCAAGGGGCCUGUAUACGACAACCCCUCCCCUAACGAGUGCAGCAGCGGCACCCCACCAUACGACGGCCCGCUCACUCCCCCUCUCAGCAUCAGUGGCAACUUUGCCCUGAAGCAGGAGCCUUCUCCCCAUGAGUCAGAGAGGAACUACACACCCCACACUAGCCACCAUGCCCACUACCUCUCGUCCCACCAUUACCCCACUACAAUGACUGGCAGCCUACCAGGGGGGCCUCAGGGCCACCCUCUCUUUCAGGCUUCUCGUUAUGAGCUGCCCCUGGAUGUGGCCUUUGACUCCUUUGCUCCCUCUCACCUGGUCACCUCUCAGAUGGGCGCCAUCUGAAAUGAGACCGAACCAAUGACUCCUCUGAAACUGGCCAGAGGAGAAGCACCGCUCUUGUAUAAACUGCUAUAAAAACGAUGACUACAGUACUGACUGUAUAGAGAAAACUGUUUGCAUUUAUGUUGUCUAGUACUCUGGGAGAGCACUGAACGCUCAGAGAGAGAGAGAGACUCAUCACCUCAACUCAAUCUACCUGAUACAAACAUGCACCCAUAACAUUUAUUAUUUAUUCUCUUUUUUUGUCAUGAUUACAUGUUGAUAUUUGGAUUGUAAUUAUUUCUGAACAUGUUGCCCCCUCAGUUGUUAAAGAGUGGAAUUAAAGAUUAGUUUACCAAAUCAGACAUCCAUCCUGAAGCAUCACUCCGAUGUUUAGAGGGUUUGUGUUUGAACAAUAACAUGAGAACAUUGGUCUACAUACCAGAAAAAAACUGAUCAAAAUGUCAUCCAUCCUAAAUUGUGCACAGAGGCCUGCAGCCAAUGCCCUCCUCAUUUGAAGAAAAGCAAUGCAUUUAUUUAUAUCUGUAUUUAAUAUUUAUUUUGAUAAUGUCCUGUCCUUUUUAUAUAUUUUUCUCAGCACAUUUUUUUGUUCACUGUCUUCUUGGAUUGUUGCCAGUCACUGGUAGCUGUACUGUAUUUAAUUUAUUUAUUUGAGAUCUUUCAGGUACUUGUUCAUUUGGCAUCACAACUUUUUUGUCAUACUGUACUGUUAAUAUUUUGCUGUUUCGCACUUAAUUGAAUAAAUAUUCUUAUAUUAUAUGCUA